AACUUGCAGCUGCAGGGGGAUGACGCCAACCUGAUCAAGGCAAAAUCCAUGUUUUCGUCAUUCGAAAUUGGAAAUGUUCCACCGAAACAUUGGCAGAAGAGAAUUUGCUGUUUCCUAGCUUGACGGAGACACUGAAAGAAGGGCGGUGUCUGACGAGGAACUAGAAAUAUAUACCAACCACCUCAGAGAUGUGCAUGCUGAUAUGAAGACAAGAUCAAAUGAAACGGAUGAAACUGGACAAGUCUGCUGUGUCGGCAGAUGACGAGAAAAAAACAAGACUUCAAACUGCCUCACAGUGCCCCACAGGCUGUAUUGAAGUGGAAACAGACAUAGACCCUGGAUUAGAGGUAAUUACACUAGACGAGCUGACCAUAGAAUGUGAGAAAAACAAAAGUCAUAAAUCUUUCAUCCCAAUCGACAAGUUCAGCCGUUUGGAUCUUCUGUCUCGCUACCAAGAUGAGGUCACUGAACAAGCUGUUAAAGUCCUGGCUGACCUCACGGUACAGGUGACAGCUGCAUGGGUCAGUGAAGACCGACCAGAAAAAUACCCAUCCGGAGAAGCUGAGUACCCGUACGUAAAGGAACGAGGUGGGACGAUGCUGAGGAAAGGGAGUGGCUAUGUGCAGAAGGUUGUCACGUAUGGUAAAGGCAGUGGGAUGAAAGAUCCUUGUGAGUGUAGAGAGUGUCGUUACUCUAGCUCCGCGCGUGAUGUGUGGUGGGAAGUGGAAGUGGUAUCAGCCCGGCACAUCAUUUAUGACCACACGGAGGCCAGAGGAGCCAACAUAGACUUGUUUUACGAUGGCAGUACCGGAAUCGGGAGAAAGGAGAGAAAAAAAAUGAAAGGUUACAAUAGUAUGUGGGGGUCCAGCGUAGACGGGGACCGCUGUGUGCUGUUCUGCCCAACACACGAUGAGCAGCUGGCACACACUCUAAAGGACUUGUGUAAGACAGCAGACCGGCUGGUCAGGGAGGCCAACAGUCGACAUCAGCACCAGGUGGGCCCGCACAUGGCGGUUGUUGUGUCUCACCCUCAUGGCUGCCAGAAGUACAUCACGGUAGGGGAAAGCACCACAACGGACAAGCUCGACGAGGAAGGCCGGCAGACAUACACAUACACAGCUGAUACUUGUAGGGGCAGCAGCGGCGGUUUGGUUUGGGUGGUUGGCAGGUGGGAGUUGACCAGCUAUGUGACUGCACCCCACAGCAGGGUACUGGACAAGAGGAAUAACAAAAGCGGAGACCGAUGGCUUGCCCGUCUCAUUUGGACUAAUAAUAGGUUCAAAUACACAUGAAGAUGUGUACGGAUAGAUGACUUGCCCCAUCUCAUGUAAAGUAGUAGGUUCGAACCUGUACUUGAGGAUAUUUACAGAUAUACAGCUAUUACCCCAUUUCAUGUGAAGUAAUAGGUUCAAAUAUAUACACAUGAAGAUUUAUGUACCGAUAGACAGCUUGCCACAUCUCAUGUAAAAUAGUAAGUUCAAACAUAUGUACCUAUAGAUAUGUACAGAUAUAGCUUGCCUCAUCUCAUGUAGAGUAGUAGGUUCAAACAUACACAAAGGGGGCUCUUGUGGUCUAGAGGUUAAAGUGUUCGCCUCUCAUUCAAAGGUCCCGCGUUCGAAUCCGAG